AGCGUUAAUGUCCAACUUUUCACCAGGACUCUUUUGCCUCUGAGCUCUGAAAGCUUUGCACUUGGACUUUUUGGUCUCUUUUCGGAAAUAUAUGACUCAUUAAUUCAAGACGACGAACGAGGAAUAUAUAAUGGAUUUUUGCAGCAUGGGCGUUGUCCAUUUUCUAGAUCCAACUUUCCCAAUAUGAUUUUUAAGCAAGUGUGGAAUAUGCCCCUUUAACUCUGUGGCAUUUCCUUUGCAUUGUACUGUCUAGCACUUACUUCCUACGAUUAUACCAGAGGGACUCCUUUUAGUGAAAUCCAUUUGGAUCGCAAAGACGACUUUUCUCGGGUGUCUCGGAGCGUAAACGCGGUACGUCCGGCGGGUCUCGAUGGAGGACCCCUGGGGUACAGCUCUUGCCCUGUUCCAAGUGUGGAUAUCAGUACUUUUGUGUCUCGUCAUGCUACCUGCGAUGUUCGGUCUCUCCCUGGGCGUCACAGGGGUCUAUAUUCAGAUAUUAGUCCAGAUUUUAGAGUGGGCCACACUAAGAAUCCAACGAGGACGCAAAGAGAAGACCAGUGUGCCUAUUCCCCUGCCCAACGGGAUCAUACAUCGAGACGGGGGCUCCAUGGCACAGGAGAUGCUGGAAGUGCGGGGGUCCCGGCCCGGAGGGGACUUUACCCUGGGAGACGUCUUCUACUUCUACAAGAAGGGCAUGGAGAGCCUCGUGGACGACCAGGUCACACAGUGCUUCUCCUCCGAGGAGCUGGCCUCCUGGAACCUGCUCACGCGCACCAACCAGAACUUCCGCUACAUCAGCCUCCGUCUCACCGUGAUCUGGGGCGUGGGCGUCUUUGUGCGCUACUGCCUUCUCUUCCCCCUCAGGAUUACACUGGCUACCAUUAGCUUCACCUGGCUGGUAAUCAGCACUACACUGGUGGGGUUUCUACCUGAGACCAGUGCAAAGCAUUGGCUCAGUGAGGUGGCCCAUCUGAUGUUCUACAGGAUCUGUGCCCGGGGUCUCUCUGCCACCAUCCGCUACCAUAACAAAGAGAACCGACCAAAGAAAGGCGGCAUUUGCGUGGCGAACCACACAACGCCGAUCGAUAUAAUCAUACUGGCCAACGACAGAUGCUACGCCAUGGUGGGCCAGGUUCACGGGGGCCUGAUGGGGGUCAUCCAGAGGUCGAUGGUGAGGUCGUGUCCCCACGUGUGGUUUGAGAGAACGGAGAUGAAGGACCGCAACACUGUCACCAACAGGUUGAGAGAACAUGUGACCUGUGAGGACAAGCUGCCAAUCCUGAUCUUCCCUGAGGGAACCUGCAUCAACAACACAUCCGUCAUGAUGUUUAAGAAGGGAAGCUUUGAGAUCGGAGGGACUAUUUACCCUGUGGCCAUUAAGUACGACCCGCGGUUCGGGGACGCGUUUUGGAACAGCGCCAAGUACAACAUGGUCAGCUACCUGCUGCGGACGAUGACCAGCUGGGCCAUCGUGGUCAACGUCUGGUACCUGCCCCCCAUGACCCGACUGGACCAGGAGGAUGCCUCUCAGUUUGCCCAGAGGGUGAAGUCAGCCAUCGCACUAAAGGGCGGUCUCAUAGACAUGGCAUGGGACGGCGGACUGAAGCGGGCUCGGGUGAAGGACUCCCUGAAGGAGGAGCAGCAGAAGAUGUACAGCAGUAUGAUCGUAGGACCAGACGGACCUAGUGACCUAGCUGCUACUCCUCCACUCCUCGACUUACAGGACUAAAGCCGACUUUAGGACUAGAGCAUACCGGAACACACCGGAACACACCGGGCCACAUUUCUUUUUUAUGAAAGACUGCAAAAAAUGUUACGCUUCGUCUAUUUGUAAGAAUGUGUGAACAUUCUCAUUGUAAAUGGUUCUCUUGUGGUUAUUGUUAUGAUAUUGUUAGCUGUUUUUGGUAUUGAGACUUUUUAAAUGUACAUUUUGAGCAAAAUAUAUUAUUUUACCUGUACUUCGGAGCGUUAAAACUUUUUUUCACAUAAUAUGAUAUCUUACAGACAGACAAUAAUUAUGUCUUCCUUUUGAUGUGGAACAUUUCAAGAAUUUAGGUUCUUGAUAUUUCACGACAUGGUGUGAGUAAUGAUAAACAUUUCAAAAUGUAUCAGUGGGGCCGUGUUCGUACCACUAGGAGGCAGUAUUUACUUACAUGAUGUGCCUUUGAAUAAUAUUGGCCUAUUCAACAGACUGCCUUAUAGACUUGGGUAAUGUCUCCUGACGUCAACAAGAUGAAUUAAUCAAAAGUUUUGAAAUUAAAAUUAUAUAUUUAACCUUAGCCGCUGAUAAUAAUCAUCUGCGACUUCCAUAGACAAAAGAUAUACUGAAUAAGAGAAAAACUAAUUCACAAUUGAUUCCCGACUUAUCGCCUAAUAGCCUACUAACGCUCGAUGUUGACAUCGGUCUUAUUUACUAAUGAAAAAACCGACUCAUUAAAAACUCUGAAUCAUGCAUGUAGUCCUAAUAAUAAAAAGAAAACAGCCGGCUUGUAUAUUUUAUGUAGGCCCAUCAAAUCUAAAACGGCAUAAUUUAUACAUUCUUAUUCGAUUUUCUUAUGGGAUGCAGAUAUCACAAUAUUAUAGCUUCCUAUAUUUAUCUGUUUAAAACCACUGUUGGAAAAUGUGCGAGAAAGUUGUCUAAAGGCCUAAUCCCUGUACCCGGACAGUCAACCCGCAAGCUUCCUUAAAAAAGAAAAGAAAAAGCUGCUUUAUUACAAUAUAUAUUUUUUUAAGUGUGACAGAGGAAACUGCAACAAAAAAAAAAGAUGGAGAAAAAAAAAUCGGGAAUUGUGCAGCAGAUGUGUAGGCGCGACAUGUUUAGUGUGACCGUCCUUUAAUAAAGAAACCAGAGACUGUGAAA